ACCUCCAAGUUAUCCGAAUUUCAGUCACUCGUUUACCCUAUUUAUAUAACCUCAUCACCCUUCAUAGUUUACACUUCUAACCCUCAUCUUCACCCUAAACCCUUCAUCAAAAUGGACCUAUGGUCAUGGAUCUCAGACCUACCUUACUCCGACGACUGGUCAUCGGCCGAUUCUAGCUCUGAACUCACCUUCCAUUUGGCGAGUUCAACACCCGACCGACUCAGCAAAACUGAUCAGACGACUGCGUACACCACUACUGAUGAUAAGUCUCUUCAGUUCAGAGCAAGAAGAAAGUUCACCUCCAACUCGGAUCUAUUGGCGAUCACCUUCUACGUUUCCUACCAAGAAAAGGCUCUCUGGGUUUCUGACACGUGUCAAGUGAACUCAGACAAGACCUUCUUGCCUCUUGUACUCCAACUCCUCCAGGAAACCAUUUCCCGUUCACCUACGGCGCAUGAUAGUAUCACCACCACAUGCCCGCGUUCCCAGCUCCAGAAGCUUAAACCCGACUCGGUUGCAUGGAUUCUCGACUCUCACUCACCGGAAUCCUUUUCAAGCUUUUUCAACCUCGUAUUCCUCGCGAGGCUGUUCUGGCUGUGUGCCUGCGACGCGCCGUCGGAGGUCGGUUCUCUUUAUUUCAAAUCCAUUUUGACUCCUAACAUCGAAGCGUUUUCGAGUACCCAAUCGCCGGUGUUGCGGGCUUUCUUUGUUUCCGCCGGCAUCGACGUGGAGCUCUGUAUCAUGCGCACGUUUGGGUACAUGUUAACAAAAUGGUUGAUGUUAAGAGAGGUGGGGGUAGGUUUACAGCUGCUAACGCCGUCUUAUAACCUCCGAUUCUCCUACGCGGGGGAGACGCAUGGGUUAUGGGUCUUGAAAGGGUACGCACCGUUGAUGGCAACGACGCGCUGCCAUUCCAACACGGUAAACAACGGGUAUCCAGUAUUUGAAGCGAAGGAGUCUGUGCUAAAAUACGCACUGGCCCACCAACAGAUUGAGGCCGUCAUUCAAUUGGAAUAUUCAGUGGAAUUCAAAGAAAGUUUCAUCCUCGUGAAUGCACGUGUCGACAAUAUACGGAUCCACGUGGCAAAACUAGGGUUCAGUAAGAAAGAAGAGAAUGGUUACAUGCAUGAGAAACAUUUCCCAAGUCGGGUCCGGGUUUGGAUCGGACCUGAAAUCGGGGCAAGUUAUGUAACCGGUUUGACGUUGGGCCGGUCUACUGAUAACAUUGAGAAAGAGACGGAAACACAAAAGAUAUUGAAGGGUAGUUUUGGGAAAACAAAAGUUCCGAAGAUGAAGACGAUGACCAGGACGACAACAAGGACAAAGGUGAGGACGUGGCGAUGGGACCAAGAUUCUGAUGGGCACAUGGCAAUAUUUGAUACGACGUUAUGUGACAACACAACAGGUGUUGAGAUUGCGACGUGGCAACCAUAUUCUGGAGAUGAGGGGGCAAAUAGGUCAUUUACUAAAUCCGGGAAUUGGGUAUUUGGUGAAGGGUUAGAAGGGGUAAAAUGGAGAUUGAACAAGGAAAUGGAAGGGAGUGUAUUGAAAUGGAGGAUUGGAGGUCAAAUUUGGUUAAGUUAUUUCCCAAAUCAGGUAAAGAGUUCAUAUUUUGAAACAAGGUGUGUAGAGUGGUGUGAUGAGGUAGAUUUGCCUUUAAUCCUUGAUGCAUAUUAAUUAACCUCAUUGUGUAUAUAGGAUAUGUGUUAUGUGCUUAAUUAUAUGAAUGGCGCAACAAACGUUGUAAAU